CUGAAUCUAUUUUUACAUUCAUUUAGUAUUCUAGAUUGUUUGUUAACGUAUUUCAGUCUACUACAGAUAAUCAACAUGUAUACAGAUAAAGACGACCAUGUGUAUCCACAUCACUCUGACAAAUUACUUGGAGAGAAAGGAACUGACUAUGUUGUGGACCUGAAGUCCAACGAUGGGAAAAAGACGAAAAAUCAGCAGCGACAAAUAUGUGUUUGGAUUAAAAGAAGGAAAUGGAAAUUUUUGUUCGGUUUGAUAGCUCUAUGUAGUAUCGUCUCCGUUGCAUUGUCAUUAUACAAAAUGUGGAAUUUGUCUCUUGAUGAGAAAGAGAUAUCCAGUAUGAAAAAAGACAUAUUGGAGAUGAAACAUCACAGGAAAAAGUUUGAGGAUGACAUUAAAUUGUUGUUUGCUGGACAUUACGAUCAAAAUGAAAAAUUGGACAUAUUGGAAACAGUGAUUCAGAAUAUAACUGUGACUUUUAACGCACGCAUCAACAAUCUUACAACUGAACUAAACACAUUAACUACAGAAUAUGAACGUCAAGUCAGACUCCAGGAGGAUAUGCAAAAACAGAUCGAUGCAAUGGGAACGGAAAACAGAAAGAAGUUUGAAGAAUUCGACCAAAAGAUAGUCGCUAUGAAGCAAAACUUAAGUGAUAUGACUGCAGCACAAGAAGCUCUAAAAAAUGAUCUGAGAGACACUCGAAGUAGUUUACAAAAGGAAACACAAAACGCAAUAGACAAACUACGGAAUGAUUUCAGAGCAGCACAAAGCAAGUUAGAAUCUGACAACAGGGCGAUUCGAAACUCACAGAAUGAACUAAGAGCAAACCAGCAAUCUUUACGCAGUAUGUUACUUGGGAAAAUUUCAGAUCUACGUAAUCAUGUUCAGACCAAACCAAAUGCCAGUUCGAUUACUCGAUGCGCUGUUGGAAUAAGUGAACUUUUAGUUUUACUGUUAUCAAUUCAUACUCUUUUUUCAUUAAUUCUUUAAUCUCAACUGUAUACUCUAUGUGAUAUUUUGUACUACAUUUAUAACGCAAUAAAGACAUCUAUUUAUUUUU